AUGGAAUUAGUUAAGAGCCAGCUUACAAUUCUUUUGACGAGAAUGAGCAAAAUAGAAGAUCAGGUAGAUAGUAAUAGAAAUGAAAUGCCAAGAACUGUAACAUCUAGAUCAACAACAUAUCCGGAAGUAACAAAACCGCAUGUAGCACAAAUAUCGAAUGAAGAAACAGUAGUAACAACAAACGAAUCAUCUGCUCAGUUGAAAAUUACAACUCGACAAAAUGCUAGGGCAACUAGUAAAAACCUCAAAGCACCGGCAUCAAAUUAUAAGCCAAAUUUGAAAACAGAUUUUAAUCGUGCAUUGAUUGUCUAUUUGAAAAAUCAUACAACUCUAAUAAAAUAUACAACACAAGAAUUAUUAACCAAGUUAGAGGCAGCCGCAGGACAUCUUCAAUUGAAGUGUAAGCCACAACUUUCUUAUAUUUAUCCAAAAGGGGGACUGGUCUAUCAAUUUCUAAAUAAAACGAUACAAGAAAAAUUAAUAGAAGAAUAUCGAAAUGAGAAUUGGAAAGCAGAUGCAUUUAAUGGCGAUUAUUCCGUUUACCAACCAGGAGCAUCAUCAUCUCAUUGCUUCGUAAUAAAAAAUGUUCCGACAAGUCUUGAUAUUGAUGAAGCUGAAUUUAUAGAAAAUAAUACUCACAUUGAUUUUGAAUUCAGUAUUGAAAACUCACCUUGGUUAAUUAAAAAGAACGUUUAUCGAAAGUCUCACACAACGACAGUUAAAGUAGAAGUUAUUGAUGAAAGAGUUAAGCAAAAAUUAUUAGAUUGUGAAUGUGCUAUUUAG